AUGGAAUCAAAAAUGCCCCAUAUAAGAAUAAUCGAGCCCUCAGAAAAAUCUGCGGACUUGGAUAAUGAUAACGACAACCAGAAAGCCAAAUUAAGAUUUGCCGUGCCGUCUGCUCCAACUAAAGGUUUGGGAAGAAGAAGCAGACAUGUUACAUUUUCAUCGACGCCGGCAGUUAAUAGAUCAAGGAUGAAUUUAGGAAACCCUUCACAUAGAAUGGGACCUUUGGGUGGCAGAAGAAAGGUUAUUUUAGCACCUGGUCACUCUGCUAUGGAUUGGGAAAGAAUCAAGAAGAACAAGAAUCUCAGAAAUAUUGAUCCAUCUGAAUUUCCCAUGAGAAUAACCAAGGCUCGUCUUCAGCAGCAUCACAGUCGAAGAGAUUGUUGGGUAUCUUUGAACGGCAAAGUUUUUGAUAUUACCAACUAUCUGGAUUUUCAUCCUGGAGGUAGGGAUCUCCUUGUGGAAAACGCAGGCAAGGAUGCAACAUUGAUAUUUCAAAAGUAUCACCCUUGGGUGAACUACGAACGGAUUUUAGAUGCUUGCUUUAUUGGUUUUCUGGUGUAA